AAAUCAGACAGACCUCCCGACGCUCCUGCUGCUGCUCACAGAAGGAGGAGGACGGUGAGACACAAGCAGAGCGACAGACACACCGGAGGACAGACAGACGGACGGGAGGAUGGGCCGGCGGAGCGGCCGUCGGUAGCGCUCUGUUUUCGGGCACGGAGCUCCAGGAUGAGCGUAGCGCUGCAGGACCUCCGGAACACUAUGUCCAGCUAUAAGCGAGCUACGUUGGAGGAGGAUGAAGUGUCCGACGCUCCGGCUGAGGCGGCCUCGUCUCCUGACAGAAUGGAGGUGGGUUUCAGGAAGGGAGGCGUGGACAUCCUGGGCCGGAGGACUCAGCUGGAGGUUCUGCUGUCGGUUCUGCUGCUGGCCGCCCUGCUGGCUCUGCUGGCCUGUCUGCUGGUCCUGGGUCUAGGAUUCAGCUCAGACAGUGGGCGUGGCCUGUGCCUGUCGGAGGCUUGCGUGACGGUGGCGAGUCAGAUGGUGGAGGCGAUGGACCGCAGCGCCGAUCCCUGCAACGACUUCUACCAGUUUGCCUGCGGAGGCUGGAUGAGGAAGAACCCGCUGCCAGACGGACGGUCCAGGUGGUCGACUUUCAACAGCAUCUGGGAGCAGAACCAGGCUCUGCUCAAACACCUGCUGGAGAACGGGACGUUUAACGGCAGCAGCGAGGCGGAGAGGAAGACUCAGUCCUACUAUCUGUCCUGUCUGAACACCCAGAGGAUCGAAGAGCUCGGAGCUCAGCCUCUCAUCGACCUCAUCGUCAAGAUCGGUGGCUGGAACAUGACGGGUCCCUGGGAGAAGGAGAACUUCAUGGAGGUUCUGAAGGCGGUUUCUGGUCCGUACAGAGCUCAGCCCUUCUUCAGUGUCGGAGUCAAUGCUGAUCCCAAAAACUCCAACAGCAACGUCAUCCAGUUGGACCAAUCAGGGCUCUUCCUGCCGUCCAGAGACUAUUACCUCAACCGGACGGCCAACGAGAAGGUGCUGGUGGCGUACCUGGACUACAUGGUGGAGCUGGGGAUGCUGCUGGGGGGGGAGAGGAGCUCCACUCAGAUCCAGAUGCAGCAGAUCCUGGACUUUGAGACGGCGCUCGCCAACAUCACCGUCCCUCAGGACCAACGGAGGGACGAGGAGAAGAUCUACCACAAGGUCACCAUCUCUGAGCUGCAGCUGCUGGCUCCGUCCGUGGAGUGGUUGGACUACCUGUCGUCCUCUCUGUCUCCUCUGGAGCUCAACGACACUGAACCCGUGGUCCUCUACGCCAGAGAGUACCUGCAGCAGGUGUCGGACCUCAUCAACAAGACGGACCGCAGUCUGCUGAACAACUACAUGAUGUGGACGCUGGUUCAGAAGAGUGUGGCCAGUUUGGAUCAGCGCUUCGAGAACGCUCAGGACAAACUGCUGGAGAGUCUCUACGGGACCAAGAAGUCCUGCACCCCGCGCUGGCAGACCUGUAUCGGGAACACGGACGACACCCUGGGCUUCGCUCUGGGAGCGCUCUUCGUUAAGGCCACCUUCGACAAACACAGCAAAGAGAUCGCCGAAGAGAUGAUUAACGAAAUCCGCUCAGCGUUUAAAGAAGCUCUGGACCAACUCAGCUGGAUGGACGACCACACGAGACAGGCCGCUAAAGACAAGGCCGAUGCAAUCUACGACAUGAUCGGUUUCCCAGAAUUCAUCCUGGAUCCAAAAGAGCUGGACGACGUGUUUGACGGGUACGACGUGUCCGACGAUAGCUUCUUCCAGAACAUGUUGAACUUCUACAACUUCUCGUCCAGAGUGAUGGCCGACCAGCUGAGGAAGACUCCCAACAAAGACCAGUGGAGUAUGACUCCUCCCACAGUGAACGCCUACUACAUGCCCACUAAGAACGGCAUCGUCUUCCCUGCAGGGAUCCUUCAGGCUCCUUUCUACGCCCACGACCACCCCAAGGCGUUGAACUUCGGCGGGAUCGGGGUGGUGAUGGGUCACGAGCUCACGCACGCCUUCGAUGAUCAAGGUCGUGAGUACGAUAAAGAAGGAAACUUGAGGCCGUGGUGGCAGAACUCAUCAGUGGAGGCGUUCCGUCAGAGAACAGAGUGCAUGAUGGAUCAGUACAACCACUACACCGUCAACGGGGAACACGUCAACGGAAAACAGACGCUCGGGGAAAACAUCGCCGACAACGGAGGACUGAAGGCAGCGUACCAUGCCUAUCGGUCGUGGGUCCAGAGGAACGGAGAGGAGAAGAGGCUUCCUGCCGUCAACCUGACCAACGAUCAGCUCUUCUUCUUGGGAUUCGCUCAGGUGUGGUGUUCAGUCCGAACACCGGAGAGCGCUCACGAGGGCCUGGUGACCGACCCCCACAGCCCCCCCCGAUACCGCGUCAUCGGCACGCUCGCCAACUCUCCAGACUUCAGCCGCCACUUCAACUGUCCGGAGGGGACGCCCAUGAACACCGGGCGGCGCUGCGAGGUCUGGUAGACGGACUGAAGAGGGGGCGGGGCUAAUCAGCUCAGUCUGGUAUUUAACAGGUCGGUUUGUUUGACUGGAAACUUUAGUUUAGUUCGUUAACGAGUCCGGUUGUUAAUUUACAGGCGAGUUUGUUAAUCAUCCUGCUGGUUAGUGUCUUAACGAGAGGAGUUCAUCAUCUGGUCGUCAGAUGACGAGCUGUCACCUUCAUCUUCACUCCGUUAAUAGAAACCUGUUGAUUAGAGACCAUCAGACCGACUUCCUGUCUGGAAUCUAAACGGACUCCGUGGACUUCAGAGACAUGAAUGACUGAUGAUGAAGAGGAGGACGAUGAAGCCACAUGGGACCGAUAUCUGCUUUAUCACUGUUAUUGAUUAUUAAUAUUAUUAUUGUUAUUAAUGGGCUUUGGUUUGUGUGUGUGCGUGCAUGUGUGUGUGUGUGUGCGUGCAUGCGUGCGUGUGUGUGUGUGUGUCUCUCUCUGAUGACAUCACUGUGAUGACCUCAUACAAAGUUGAACUGUUACAUCGUCGUCAUGGCCGUGUGCGCAGUCAUCUGAUUCAUUAUUCAAUUAAGGAACUUUAAAGGCAGAAUUUAAUUUAGGGUCCAACACAAAUUACUUAAUUAACCAAUAAAUAACAUUAUUCUUUGAAUGGAAAUGGAGGGUUUUAAAGGAAUAUAUUUGCAGUUUAUGGACUUUUAAGGAGUAAAAACACCUUAAAAUGGACCAAAUAGUAUGAAAACUGUCUUUGAAUGUUUCUUUAAGGACAAUUUUAAAGUUUAAAUUCAGGAUUUCAUGUAAUUGGGUCAGUUUUAAGGCCCUUUUCAGCCCUUUUAAAGGUUCUUAAACCUUGUAGAAUAUCAAAUAUAGAAUCCAUUAAUUACCCGUAACAUUUAAACGACCUUCAUUACAUCGUUGGAUUUUAAAGUCAAAUUAUGGGAUGUCAGAUGUCGUCUUGUCGAACUUCAAACCUCUCCACAUGUCAAUGCUCUGUGACCACAAAGCACUGUGCUGUUGUCGUCAUGGUAACGCAAAAACAAACUUAGAUCAGUGUCUGCAUCAGCGUUCAACAAUAAACGCCUUAAAUAGUAGAUUAUUACAAAACUCAAUUUGAAAUGUUGCCUUAAAUCAAGAAAAAUGCCUUAAAAAUAGAAUUAAUUAACAAAUAUCACAUUAAUCAAUCCUUAAUUUAACCCCUUCAUCUAAAUAUAUUACAGUCCAUUCAUAUAUCCAAUAAUUAUCACCUUAAAAUAUCAAAAUGCCAUAAAUAUACAAUAUUUUGUUGAAUAAUGUAUCCCUUAAUUUGUACCUUAAAAGUACCUUAAUUCUUUAAUUUAAGUGCAAAUUCAAACUACAGAAUAUUUAAGGCCUUUUUAAUGGUGUCGUGUUUUAAAUGUUUUUCAGCUCAUAAAAGCCUUUGUUACAUUAUCAUCUGUUGUUCUGUGUAUUUUAAAACACUGUAGACACUAAACGCCACGCUGGUGUUGCCAUGGAGACGCCCAUCCAGUGAAACCUGAGUUCAUUCAUUAAUAUCAGAGACAAAACUUAAAAGACUUUGAAUUACCGCCUCAAAAAUGUUAAACUACCGGCUUUAAAAGUAAAACGAUGAUCUCUGACGUGACUCCAUGUCAAAGCUCGAAUCAAGUCGAUCUUCAUGUUACGCUGUGACGUCACAGAUAAGUUCACACGUCUCUAAAGAUCUCUACAACAAAAAACUCCUAAAAUCGAGCCGGGGCAUUCAGGGACUGAACAGAACGUGGGAGUUUAUAGGUUCUGGUUGUAUCCCGGGCAGUUGGUAAAAAGUGAGUAAGUUGAAUAGAUAAAACUUUAUUUUAGUUCAACGUUCAGAACUUUGAAUAAUAAUUAUAAAACCACUUUAUGAGGAUAUAUUAAAGAAAUAAAGUAUUUAACAUGAAGAGUUAUAACUUAAAGAGUUUAAACAUGUUUUAAAACAUCAUGUUACCUCAACUUCAUUACCCACAAUCCCUUAGUGUUGCUGUUCAGGGCAGCUAGCUGCAGGUGGAGCUGCUCACCUGGAUAUCAAACACCACACACUGUAUUCUGUGUGUGUGUGUGUGUGUGUGUGUGUGUGUGUGUGUGUGUGUGUGUGUGUGUGUGUGUGUGUGUGUGUGUGUGUGUGUGUGUUUGUGUGUGUACAUGUUUGUGUGUGUACAUGUUUGUGUGUACAUGUUUGUGUGUGUGUGUACAUGUUUGUGUGUGUGUGUGCUACGCCUCCUGAUGACAUCACUGUCCGAUCCCGUUCAGCUUGUGUGUGUCGUAGUUUGUUCAGCAGAAGAAGAAGCUGCUUCCUGCCAAAGACUGUGUGUGUGUGUGUGUGUGUGUGUGUGUGUGUGUGUGUGUGUGUGUGUGUGUGUGUGUGUGUGUGUGUGUGUGUGUGUGUGUUCGUCUGUCGUUGUGGGGACCUGAUGUCCUCACAGGUAUAGAGGGACACAGGUGUAUGUACAGUAAAUCUGAUGUAGAAUAAACUCUGUGUCCUGAAGGGGGCGUCACCACUCUGCUCGUCCAAUCAGAGCGCUGCGUUACAAACAUAAUAAACACUGAAUAUCAUAAA